CAUUAGCUUGAACCUCUUGCAUGAAAGGGUCUUGAUUGUGGUUGGGGUUCGAACUCUGGUUCAUUGCACCUGCUGACAGUCCAAAGUGCGAACUGCACAGCUGCCAUCCAAAAGUUGUACUAGAAUGUAUUUCUCAAACUGCUCUAAGGAUUUUAUAUUCUAAUCAGUAUCCUGUGAAACAUUUGUUGAGAAAAAAAGUAUUUGUCUGACAACUAUUACUUUAUUUUGAGAAAACUCCAGCAUGAGCACUUUUAGUUAUUUGGUUUGUUAAAUUGUUGAAUGCUAAUUAUAAAACUUGUCUUAAUUAUAUUGACAUAAGGAGGUGCAACAAAUAGCCUUGUGGGUCACAAUUCAAUUUUAUGGCUUUGUAAUGUUUGUGUACUCAUUUUAGAACUCCAGUUGAGUUUGAACUGAACAGUACCAUAUUUACAUGAGUACAUCUCAUCAUGUUGACAGCACUAAUUGAAUGGUGGACUCCGAAUUCUAAAUGUUUUGUGAUGUGUUCACUAAUUCUGAUGCCAUGUUUUGUGUAACCUCAAACCUUGUUCUAAAGUUGGAGCAGAAAGCAAGUUACGUUUGACUUUCUUCUAGUUUAUGGGUAGGCUAGACCAGGCAAGCAAGUCUGUGUCAAGUUAUUAGGUCACUAAUAAGUUUGGUUUUGAUGGGUACACGUAUUUGUUUGGAAAGGGUGGCUGCCUGGUCGUGUGGUAAGCGCUUUGAAUAUCGUCAUGAUGGACCUGAGUUCAAACCCUUCCAGCCGUCAUUUUCUGUCGUCCAGCAGUAGGUUUUGGCUAGAUCGUAAUAAUUUGUAUUUCUCAGUUAAGUCCGACACACACAAAAAGACAGAUUCGCUCCUUGGUCAUAUCAACAUUCGUGUAUGCUUGCAAAUCUUGGACUCCCAAAAGCCAAAUCAAGCUGAUGUGAAAUUGAGAUGUUAUAUAAUUCUAUUAUCAUAUUCAAAGACCGCGUUGCAAACAAGGAAAUCCUAACUAGAACCACAAUGAUUUUUUGACCGUGUUUUAAACAAAAAAUACGCCAGCUAUGAUUACGCCCAUAUUAGGAGAUCCUCAGGACUCGCAUAUGGAGAAACGGAGAGGCAAACAUCAAGGCAUGGACGGGUCUGUCAACGAGACUAACCCUGGCUAAAGACGGAAGAAUGGAGUUGCGGUCGGCAGAUCAUGUUUAGUGCCCCAAUUUGUUAUCAAAAGGACGGGUGAAAACUGAGCUGAGACUGAAGAUUAGGUAAAGAUAUUGACUGUCAGUACUAUUUACAGUAAGAAUCAGACGGCUAAGUUAUAUAUAUUAGCUUAAAGCUUCGCCUCUGAAGUCCAGCAAGUAUAUGGCAUUACCAUACACGUGACAGUUUAAACAAAACUUGUGUGGAUGCGUACGCGUACAGAACGUACAAAUGCACACCUUGUGUAGCUAUUUUUAGUAACGUCUGCGCUGUAGUAAUUCGAACUAACACAAACGUGACAUGAAAUACGUCACAGGAUUAGAGAGCUACGUCAUAAUUCUAGACUCUUACGUAUCAGAAGGUAAACGCGUGCAAUCCUGCUGAACAUUUCCUAUUGAGCUCCGCCAUUGUGAAUUAUUAUGAUAGAACUAGUCUCAGUGGCACCCAUUGUUUUGAUAGUUGAAUAGUCCAGAAAAGACUGCCCUACGGUUUGGUAGAUAGGACCAACUAUUUAUUAACGGCCGAUUCCGGUGUCAUGCUGCCAUCAUUCAAUAAUACCCAGCCACACUCCUAGACAGUGAAUCUAGAUGAGUGAUGAACUACGCAUUCUACUAGACCUAGAUUCUAGAUCUAGACUACACAUUAAAACAUGUGCAAUGGCAAUAGUUUCUUAAAAAAUUAAGAUGUUAUCUGCUGAGAACGUCGGAAGCCUCAUUGCACAAACCUCAAGUCUUCCAGAUCCAAUUACCAACUGCUAUUAUACAUAUGGAUUUGCAGAUGAGGAUAGUGAUUUUGAUGAGAUGGAUAUUGAUACUGAUGCAUUAUUAAAUGCUGACACAAAAUCUCUUGCUUCAGAAUUUGUAUCCAUAGAUGAUGCUGUAAAACACACAAAGGAAUCUAAUUCUGAUCUUUUGAACACCAUCCCAGUAAAGGAGGAACCAUUAACUCAUCUUGAUAGCAACAUCAGAAAUAUAUUUUAUGUUUUUAAAGAUUUUGAGGAUAAUUGCAAGCAAAACAAUAGUGGCUGUUUUCCUUUUAGCGGUAAUUUUAAGCAUUAUACGCCUUUAAAACAUUCUACAGCAUACGAUGGGCUGAAGAAUAAAGAAGUACAUUCAGACACUGAAAAAGAGGCUAAAUGUGUCAAUUUGUAUAAGCCACAUGAUAAAAAACAGAUUGUGUCACCAUCUAAGAACAAUGACCUGUUUACUGUAGACUUGUCCCACUAUGUAUGGCCCAAGUCAACAUCUGUGGCAGAUGGUCAUCUACUUCAGGAUGCUAGAUCUGUAUCAGAAUUUUAUAGGCCCAAAAAGUUAACAAGGACUAUAAAAUCAGAUAUUUAUAAAGGCCUUUGUUUCUCUACAAAUGCACUAGAUCCCAGACAGCAAUGUGACAGUUAUCUAAAUGGCACUAAACCAUCAUUGAAAGAUGGAAAUAGGACACAAGAUGAAUGUAUUUCACUUAAAGCUAGUGAAACAUCUGAACAUUUCACUGCCAAUUGGAUAGUUAACAAUGCUGCAAGUCAUAAAGUAAAAUGUAUGAAAUUCUCACCAGCUAGAGAUUCUCCUAAACAUACUGCUUCCCAAAACAGUGGAGAAAUCUGUAGAUCUAAAUCAAGAAGCGAUGUUAAAGAAUCUACCAAAAGUACUCCUGUUAAAAAUAUUGCUGAAAUUAGUUUAACAAGUAAUGAUAAAAGAGAUUUUUCUAAAUUUACUCCUGUCAAAAAUGUUUCAAAAGUGGCUACAUCAAAAGAUGUUUCAAGAAAAUCUGUCAAGAAUAAUACUGCCAAAAAUAUUGUUGAAAUUAUUGCUGCUAGUGAUGUUAAUAGUGCUACUAAAUUUAGGUCAGCCAUAAAUAGUGAAACUAGCUUAACAAGUGAGAGGAAAAACUCUUCAAAAUCUGCUAGUGACAAAAAUAUUUCUGAAAUAAGCAUAAUAAAUAAUGAAGUUUCUAACAAUCAUUCUACUGCAAAAAAUAUUGAAGUCGGCUCUAUUUCCAAAAGUACAGACAAAGAUUCUACCAAACUUACUCCUUCAAAAGAUGCUGAAGUCAACAUUUUAUGUAAAGAAAAAGAUUCAACCAGAGUUACUCCUGGUGCUGAAAUAAAAAACUCUACCUUACUUUGCUCUAAUACUUCAUGUAGAGACACAAAUUUUGAUUUGUCUCUGAAAAAUAGUUGUAAUGUGAGUGCUUUAGAUGCUGGGGCUGAAAGUGUUCAUAACCCCAAAAGAAAUUUGAACAGUGAAAUCAAUGCUGAUAAACCUGUCUUAACUAUCUCAAACGAUGACAGUCAAAAUGCAGUAGAAAAAAUUAAAAAAUCAAAGUUGAAAAGAAAGAUUAUUUCUGAUGAUACAGAGGCAACAAAGAAAAAGAUCAAGGAAGUAUCUCCUGAAAAUCCAGAAUGUGUCCACGAAAAAGUUUCUGAUAUAAUGAAAUGCUCAAGCUGUUUUCUUACACACUUAGCUCAAGUCAGAGACGCCACAGUAAGCAAAGUCCAUUCAAAGCCUUGCUCUCAGUGUGAGAAAGGAAACAAGCUUGUUUGCCCUAAAUGUGGACUUCAAUGUCCUAAUCUACUUGUUCUAUAUGCCCACUUGCUUAAUGUUUCAAAUAAGCAGCAUAAGAAAGUUGCGCAAUUUUGCUGUUCAUCAUGCAAGAUGCUAUCGGAUAGUCAGUUUCAUUUCUACAACCAUGUGGCAUUCUCAAAUUGUUCAAAACUGUGCAUCUUCUGUGACCAUAUUUUCAAGUCUCGUAAACAAAAAGAUUCUCAUACAUGCAAAAAAGCUGGAACUAAAAAAUAUUUUAAACGCUUAUCCAUUUCAUCUGAAGUAAUACUACAGUGUCAAACCUGUAGUAAAGUGGUGACUUCUGCAAAAGUAAAAACUGGAUCACAUUACAAUUGUGAUCAAUGUUUGAAGUCUGAACAUAAAAAGUCCUCAAGGCAAACUGUGAGUGUAAAAGAAUAUAAAGAUAGACAAAAGGAAAAAGAAUCUAAAAAAGACUGUGACGAUUCCAUUACCGCAAAGUCUAAUUCACAUGUCAAAGACAACUCAACUCUGCCAGAAGGUUUAAAAAAGCAACCUCCUAGUGACAUAGUGAAACCUGGAUUAAAUCAAGAAGGCAGCAUUGAAAAUAUAGUUAAUGCCUCUGCCAUUCCUAAAAAUUGUAAUGCAUCUGUUAAUAUUCAGUCCAGAGAAAUAACUACAUUUACCAUCAGUAUCAACAAUACAGGCAGCAAAUUAGAAAAUGAAAAUCCAGCUACACCAAGCACAGAUCAAUCUGAGAUUUUCACAAAUCAUGUUAACACAUGUGACAACACUCCAGAUGAUACAAAUGUAAAAAGUUCAAAAAUUAAAAUAAAGGACAGCUCACUAAAUGCUCAAUCACCGAAAGACAAUGACUGUACAGAUGUUUUCAAAAGUACAAAAAAGGAUACUAGCAAGCUAAAAGUAGUAAAUAGUGAAAGUCACUCUACUAGAUCACCUGUGCUAAAAUUAUUUUGUAAUGAAUUGAAGGCAAACACAAACAAAAUUACUCCAUUGGAUACACAAUUUUCACCCAACAGUACUAAAUCCCCCAAAACUUCAACACAUUCUGCUAUAUCAUCUAGGAAAAUGUCACCUGGUGUUGCUGAUACAACUAAAGUGAAAUUGUCUCCAGCAUACACUGCUAAAUCAUCAAAAACUGAGGUGUCUUCAUCAAAUGUUUUAAAAUCAUCAGAAACAAAGUUGGGUGUUACUGAUAAAAAACCAAACUCUAUGGAAAAUACUUCUUCAAAAUCAAAAGCAAUCACCAAAACUCUAUCCCUCAAAACAAAUGACAGCUUAUCACUUAAAAAGAAAACAACCACAACCAACACAAAUAAUUCAGUGUCUCAAGUCUCAGGUGUUAAAUCUCCAACUAUUAAAAGGUCUCACGCUUUAGAACUCAGAAAAUCUCCUGUCAAAAGGGCAUGUUUAUUUGAUUUGAGAAAUCAGGAAGAUGUGAACGAAUUGCAAGAAACACCCACAGUCUCAAUCACAAGCCCUUCAAUUAAAGUACCUGAAGCUAAAACGACUCCAUCUGUAGGAUCCAAGCCUGCAGUGGAAGUUCAACUCAAUACUUCAGAUAAACAUGCUGCAGUAAAGAAGGGUAGCUCUACACAUAAAGCAGCAGUAAAGGAAAUCCCAACCUCGGAGAAACCAACAAUAACCAAGACCAAUUCCUUCAAUAAAUUAGAGGUGGGAAUCAAGGUCAGUUGUACAGAUAAAUUAAUCAAAACUGAUGCUAAUGCUGCAACUAAACAGUCAAUAACAAUGAGUAAGCCAGAAAAAAGUAAAGUGAAUGGAUCAACAUCAGCCACUAAUACUUCAGCACUAACUGAGGUCACUGGUUCUAAACCACCAGAUACUGAAAUUAGUUUUGAUAAAACAGAAGUUAUUGUAAUAAAGAUCAUUACUUCACCAAAACCAGCAGUUGAUAAAAUAAAAAAAGUAGAUAAAGGAUCAAGAGAAUUCAAUGCUUUAGAUAAUCCAACAGUUACUAAGGAAACUAAGACUACAAAGCCAGCAGUAAAAGAGCUCAAAACACCCAAACCAGAAGUAACUAGUGUCUAUGCACUCUCUAAACCUGGAGGCUGUAAAGGUAGAUCAGCAGCAAUCAAGGUAAACAAUACUCCAGCAGUUUCUAUAUCUAAGAACAAUGAUUCAGAUAAAGCAACAGCAUCUGAAGUUGUACCUUUUGAUAAACCUGCACUAUCCAUGGUUAAUACUACAAAGUCAGUAGUAAAUAAAGCCAAUACAUCAAAAUCAGGAACUCCUCAGGUCAUAACAUCUAAUAAACCUGCACUAUCCAGGAUUAAUACAAAAACAAUUGUACCAAAUAUGCAUACUUCAGAUAAACCAGCAUCAUCAGAUUUAAAAAAUGACAAACUAUCUAAGGUCAUUACUACCAGUACACCAAAACCAGCAGUAUCCAAGCUCACUGUUUCAAAUAAAUCAGCAAUUGAAAAAUCAGUAGCUGGGGGUAAUAGUACCGGUAUAGCAAAACCAACAUCAAACCAAGACAAUUCUUUUGAUGAAAAAAGACAAGCAGUAUCAAAGGGGAACACAGCAAAUGAACCUAAAGCAUCUAAAGUCAAUACUCUAGAAAAGUCAGCUGUAAGCAGCGUCUCAACUUCCAAAAAAUCAUCAGUAACUGAGGUCAGUGUUUCAAAAAAAAUGGAAGUAGCCAAGCUGAAUGCUUCCAAUAAAUUAGCAGUUACAAAGGUCAAUGUAUCUAAACCAGCAUUAACCAAAGUCAUUACUCCAGAAAAUUCAGUAGUAGCUUGGGGCAAUAAUAUGCCAAAACCAAAAGUUAAUCCAGACAAGGCUUUAGAUAACAAAAGAUCAGCUGUAACUAAGGUCAACACAGAAACUGAAUCUAAAAUAUCUAAGAUCAAUACUUUAGAAAAGCCAGCAGUAUGCAGUGUCUCUACUAGUUCUUCCAACAAGAAAUCAACAAUAACUGAGAUCAGUGUUUCUGAAAAACUUUCAGUUACCAAACCCAAUGCUUCAAAUAAGUCAGCAGUUGCAAAAGUCAUCACUCUGUCUAAAACAGCAGAAACUAAAGUCAGUACUUCAGAAACAUCAUUAGUAGCUGGAGCUAACAGUGUACUGGUACCAAAAUCAAUAGUAACCCAAGACAAUGUUUUAGAAAACAAUAGAUUAGAAGUAACAACGGUAAACACUACAAUUAAACCAGAAGAGGAGACAGCUGUGACCAAUGUUACAUCAGAGGCAUUAGUAACCAACAUGAAUGCUUCAAAUAAACCAGCUUUAGUAAAGGUCGAUUCUCAAGAUAAACCAGCUGUAACUUCAUUAGAUGAAACAAAUGCAAUAUUAACCAAAAUGAUUCCCUCAGAGGAAAAGAAUACCGGCAUAUCACAAACAAAUGUAACUGCAUUAGAUAGUUGUGAAUCUCAUUUGAAGAGUUCUAGUUUAGAGCCUAAGUGUAUCUGCAAACAAAAUAGUUCUCUACCGGAUUCAACCAGUUUGGAUUCAACCUGUUCAUCCAACAAUCUUGUUCUGAAUUCAGUGGCCCCCAAAAAUCCUGUCAGUGACCUUGUUAAGGUGGUUAGUGACAGCAAUAGUCCACAAAAUCAGCAGUCUAAUGGCUUAAGCUCGGUUCAAUCUUCAGUUAUUCACACAGACACUAAGUUUCCACUCUAUUCAUCUCAAGAUAUCACCAAGUGUGAAAUUCCAAAAUCAGAAACACAAACGGCCUGCAAGGAAAACAAUAAAAAGACUGAUAAAUUGCCAGGGGCUUCCCAUGCUUCUGGUGGUUCUUCCAACUGUAAUUUCCUAUCAACUAAUUGCCCUAUUUUCUGCAGGAUAUGUGGUUGGGGUGCAAGAUCAUAUUAUCACUUGGAUGAGCAUCUCGCUGGAGCACAUCACAUGAAAAAGAAAUACUUUUGUCGUGUUGGACCAUGUAACUGCAGUUUUGUAUUGGAAAGAUGUCUUGAUAUACAUAGAGAUGAGCAUGACUAUAUGGAAGCGAGACAUUCAAAUAUGGAGCGGAUGCAUACAGAGAGACCAAAGGAUUGGUGUGCCGAUGACAGUUUUUGUAAUCCAAAGACCAGAUGUCAAACUUUUAUUAAUAAUAAUACAGAAUGGCAAGGUAGCCGUUUUGGUGAUGCAGAAAGUUCAUCUUUUCGUAACUAUAACAGUUUUGAUGAUAUGGAUUUCAAGUCGAGGAGACAAUCUUUUCACAACACUAAUAGAUUUGAAAAUAUGAACACUGGAAUGCCAACCUUUCCGACAAGAAAAAGAUUUGCUGAUAGCUUUGAUGAUAUAGAUUGUAUGAUUGCGAAAAAGGUAUGUCAGAGUAGCGGUGUGUUUAAUGCCUGCAAGACUGACUGUUAUGGAAGGCCAGUGGUUGUGCAAGUCUAUCAGUUCAUAGCAACAUCAGAUCAUGUCAGUGUGAAUUAUAUCCAUAAGAGUAAUUACCCUCACUCCAAUGUUAGGGUAAUAAAUGUGUUGCCCCAUAACUAGCUUUCUUGCAAUUCUAUAGUAUAUAACACAUGUGUCAGCUACUAGGUUUGGCCUACUGGUACUUAAAACAUUAUCUUGUAUUUCCAUGGUACUACAUAUUUUAGGUACUAGUCUGCUUAAAGCAUUUCUUGUAAGUGGCACUAUUUGUAUUUCAAGUUCUACAUGUAACUAUGUAAAUAUUCCUGAACACUUGCAUUCCUAUUGGAACACAGAAUGUACUAUUGCUGAUGUGUCAUGUGUGUUGAGAAUAAAGGAUGUAUUUUUGUUUCAACACUUGUAUUAUGUAUAAUAAUUAUGUUAACUUGUAUCAAGUCUCUAUGUACAAAAAGAUACUACAUACAUUCUCUAUGCACAUCUUGUGAUUUUUAAGCUAACAUUUUUGUUGGCAUUUUUUUAAACUGUAAAAUAAAUUCCAAAUGUUUUGUUUUUAAUUUAUUAAAAAUUUCCUUUUC